UAGUUGAUGAGUUUGUGGUUAACUUAGCGUCAGUGUUGUGUUCUGGUACUGUGACAGCAUUGUCUAGAACCUCGGAGCUGUAGAUAAUUUGAUUGGGUAAGAAUGGAAGAUCACUACAACAACAAUGCCCAAAGUACAGCUGAUUAUUUAGCUCAACUCUUAAAAGAUAAAUCAAGGCUUGUGGCAUUUCCAAAUUUUUUCACUCACUUAGAAAGACUUUUGGAUGAAGAAAUAACAAAAGUACGAAACUCUUUGUUUCAAAUCAAUGGAACUAAAAAAGAACCACUGGUUUUACCAGAGCCUGUUGGUGAACACGUUACCAUCCAGGAGAAGGUGUUUGUACCUGUAAAGGACUAUCCUGAUUACAACUUCGUAGGAAGGAUUUUAGGACCUAAAGGACUGACGACAAAGAUGUUGGAACAGGAAACAGGGUGUCGAAUUAUGGUGCGAGGCAAGGGUUCCAUGAGAGACAAAAAGAAGGAAGAACAGUACAAGGGAAAGCCUAACUAUGAACAUCUGAAUGAAGAACUUCAUGUUCUUAUCCAAGUCGACGAUAGCCAAAACCGGGCCAAUUUAAAGAUGGAUCGUGCGGUUAGAGAAGUAAAAAGACUACUGAUUCCAGUGACUGAUGGUGAAGACGAACUGAAAAAACGACAGCUUAUGGAGUUAGCCAUCAUCAGAGGCACCUACAGAGACAGUGGAACAAAAACUACAAGCAACAAACUCGGUUUGUAUCAUUAUCUAGAAUCUGAAGCUCUGCCUGUCUUGGCGCCACCUUUGACUUUGAGUCCUCAUCUGCGGACAGCUGCACCUAUAGGAGCCCCUCUAAUCCUCUCGCAUCGACUUCCACUGCCCACAAGUGCAGCUCUAAUCAACGGCAGUAUUCCUCCACCAUUGAUCAACCCUCAAGAGGCGGGCCUAGUUUAUAAUUAUACUCCAUACACGGACUAUCAGUAUACAACCCUCACCUCUCCGCCACUUACAGAGUACCAUACAUCUGUUGCGGAUGCUGGUGCAACUGAUAAAGAGAAGAAACAUGUGGGGGUAAGAGCUCACCCUUACAGUAGAACAGGAAUACUUUCCUAGAAUAUCACCAAGCUUCAACUCACCAUCAACGUUGAGAAUAACCUAGGCUCUCUGUAUAAAGUUCACCAGAAAAAUCGGCAAGAAGUUUAAAUAAACGAAGUGUGUAGACCUCCAGUUCUUCUUUUUGGCUAUCCAACUAACGCUGUGACAGUUUCUUCUUAUGUAUACCAGUUCUGAACUCUUGACAUUUCUUUUGGUAACUUGUUUUUCUUUGAAAGGUUUUAUUAACACGCUAAUAGAAUUUCUUUUCCUUUACUAUGAUUAUACUUCAUUUCCUUUAUUCUGUUUUUAUCAUAAUAUUUUUCUUGCUAAUUUAAUUAGUAGUUUGAUAGAAUUUGCUUAGUUAUAAGCAUUCUAAUUUGCUCAAUUUCUUCUGUAAAUCUAAAAAAAAAAAGUUGAAGUUAGUGAAUUGUUGAUUUUUGUCUGGAGUUGUAUUCAAUGCCUUUUUUUUUUAGAGAUCGUGAUGGUAAUCCUAGACUAAAAUAUGAAAUUUUGUA